AUGGUAGACCGAAUUAGCAGGUUAUCAGAUGAAAUCCUCACUCACAUUCUCUCAUUUCUCUCAACUGAACAAGUUGUUGCAACAAGCAUUCUUUCUAAGAGAUGGAGGCCCCUCUGGACUUCAGUCCCCGUUCUCGAUUACGACGAUGAAAUCUAUCUCAGAAACGGAAAACCCUCAUAUUGCUUUGAAAGGUUCGUAUACGCAACCAUUCUACCCAGAGAUGUGUACCAACCCAUUACAAGGUUCCGUCUCAAAUAUGGGGCUUCUGCUUCUGAAAUUCCUGAGGGCGAUGUCUAGCAUGGUCGUUCGAAUGCGGAUAUCAAUGUUUGGGUAAACACUGUUAUACGACGCGGGAUUCAGAACCUUGACAUCGAGAUUUCUCGUGUAAAUUAUUUUUUUAGUUUGAGCUGCUGCAGUGUUAGCUGCCGAACUCUUGUUGCUCUCAAGUUGAAAGGGUUAUCUCUCAAUGUAUCUUCUUCUGUUGAGCUUCCCUCACUCAAAUCCCUACAUUUGGAAGCAGUUCAAUUUGUAGAACCUCAAUAUCUUAUGGAGCUUCUCUGUGGGUUUCCAGUGCUAGAACAUUUGAAAAUACGUUCCGUAGAUUAUGCUCAAGAUGACUCUUUUAAUAAGGAAGGGAUUAAAAGCUUACACUUUCCCAACUUGGUCAGGGCAGAUCUACGUUUUGUUGGUAUGGAUCAUACUAAUAUUCUUCUGAAAGCAGUAUGUAAUGUGGAGUUUUUGUGCAUUCACCAGUAUCAAGCUGAUUUUGUGGUGCCUGAAUUUCCUCAUGUAAGGCAUUUGGGCAUCUUCUUUGUUAGUCAUAACUGGCGUGCGGUGCUUUUGAUGCUCAAGAAUUGCCCCAACCUUCAAAGUUUAAAACAUUAUUUGAAUCGAUCUUUGGAGGCUGAGAGUAUUCUACCUUACCUUCAUUUUGGUGUUCCUGAUUGCCUUACAUCAGGCUUUACUAAGUGCUAUCUCAAAUACUACCGAGGCGCAGAAAGUGACCUACUAUUCGCAAAAUAUAUUAUGCAGAAUUCACCAUCGUUACGGACCAUGAGAAUUCAUAGUGAUGCACCUGAUGAACUUGAUCUGCUAAAGAAACUAGCUUUGUGCGCAAGGAAAUCUGAAUCUUGUGAGCUUUCAUUUAAUUGACAGGAUGCUGUCUAGUGCUAUCCAAGUGUGUUGAUUGUGGAUCCUGAACUACUCCGUUAAGACUCUCUCGCUGGAUCUGGUUAUCCCAGCUGAUCUUGCUUUGCUGUUAUCACUGCUUCUCUGUUCUGGCAGCUUUUGAGUCCUCUCAAUCAUCAUAAACCUCAUCAAGUAAAGGUUGCUCAACUUCAGAAGUUAAUAUUCAUUUCCUCCUUUCCCAAUAUGGAACUUCCAUUGUGUCCUCAAGUUCGGUAUCUUUGUCAAGUAAGAUCUUGAAAGGAUGCUUGAGGAGAACCAGUGGAAGAUUGAAGAAGCCUGGAUAAGGGAGGCUUUGGAGCAUCAAAGAAGGGAGGAGGAACGAUACACAAAAUACAGAGACAGAAAAGAAAGAAGAACCCUGAACUGUUAUUGGCUGUAAAGGAAGGUCUUGAACUUAGCAUGGGAGCAGAUGUGACCAAACAGAAUGACCAAGAAAUUUGCAAAUGGGAGUCUCCGGCAGUUCCAUAAAGUUGUAUUAUUGUUUAUUUGUUCUUAGUAUUUACAUCAGUGUAUGUAUCAAACAUCCACUUUUUGCUAAAUGUUUGACAUUGAAAUG